GACAAGAGACCGGCGAGUCGCGGAGAUGGGCGGCCGGGAGUGGGUGCUGACCGCGGUGCUGGCGCUGUCGGCGGCCUCGCGCUGCCGCGCCUUCGACGAGCUGGCCUUCCUCGGCCGGCUGCAGCUGGUGCACGCGGUAUUUCGAAAUGGAGCCAGGGCACCCAUAGUGACCUACCCCGAAGAUAACUUCACAGAAGACAAGUGGGGUACCAAGUGGGGCCAUCUAACCCAGCUAGGAAGAGAGCAGCAAUAUGACCUGGGAUGCUACCUGCGGAAGCGCUACGCCGACUUCCUGCCGCUGGUGUACAAGGACGACGACGUGCUGGUUCGGAGCUGCGACUCCGACCGCGUGCUCGAUAGUGCCUCUCUGGUGAUGAGAGGACUGUACACGCCACAGCUGGCGGAUGGGGAGUUUAUACACGUGUUUUGGCAGAGUGUGCCUGUGCAUACGGUGCCCGAGGAGAUUGACCUGUUGCUUCCCAAGUUUGUUUCGCCAUGUCCCGCCUUCCAGGCGGAACUGGACAAGCUCAACAAGUCCACGGAGUACCAGAGCUUCAGAAACCUGAUGACAUACCUGGACGAGUUCUCCAAGAGCAUCAGUGGACUUUCCGCCCUCGAUCUGCACGACGUCCUCAAGUGCAAGCAAUACCACGGCGUGCCGCUGCCUGGCUGGAGCCGAGAAGUGUUCCCGGAGCCCUCGUCCAGCAACUACGACUGGCACGUGUUCUUCUCGGUCGGCAGCACCGCUCCCAUUCGCAGGAUGAUCACGGGUCGGCUGGUGGAAGACAUACUGGAGCACAUGGACAUGAAGAUAAACGGGAACUCGGAGUCCUGCAAGAAGUUGUACGCGUACAGCGCACACGACUACAACCUGGUGGCUCUUCUGUCGGCGCUGAACGUGUGGGAGGGCAAAGAGCCAUGUUUUUCUUCCUGCGUGCUGAUCGAGCUGCGGCUCAACAACUACAAUGAACACGUCGUCACUGUGUCCUACAAGAACAGCACGUCGGAGCCGCCCCAAGUGCUGCAAGUGCCUGGCUGCCGCUCAAUCGCCUGCCCUUACCACGAGUUCGUGGCGGCCCUGUCCUCGGAGAUGUACGGCGAGAGCGAGUGCUACGGCAUGCCCGAAGUUCCGCAACACCCGACCUUCCCGCACCCCAACAUAAGAUUCGGCCCCUCUCUCUAAGGGACUCGAUCGCGUCGUACAACUGACUGUCAGUGCAGAAACGGACUUUGGAUAACUCGGGUGGCAUUUAAAACGAUGCAUCAGCUCCAGUCAGAUGGGAUGGCAUCAAGGCCACGUUUCAUAGCAAAUAACUAUAUUAAUUCCAACGUACUGCGACCUGAUCACUGUACACUUACUUAAGUAGCAUUUCAGGGUUCAAAGCUUUGAAGAGAAAAACACGAGCAAUGAGGUUCCUGAUAAAAGUGAACUACAGUCGUGCUACGGUUUCCAGCUCUGGGCUUGUAAAGGAUGGGCAGUGAAAUAGGUAGAUAUCGAGUCAUACCUGUUGAUGUUUUUCGCAAAAUACGCACCAAAUACUAGAAAAUGCUUAUUCAGUCACUGUGUGCAUCAGCAAUCUUGUUUAGAAUAUUUGAAAUUACUAAUUGUACAUUAUGUAUUUCCGACAGUACCAAGCGAACUGCGUUUGCAUCUAACACUGUACACCUUGGUGACUGCUAAUAAAUUAGGGAAUAAACAGUCAAAACCAGUCAUGUGUGGAGUCCGAUUAGAUUUCAUACAUUCACACAACAAUUUUUUUUUGUAAAUUCCAAGAUUAAAUUAAAACCUUACACAUGUAGACAUUUGCAUCUCUAUUAGAAAUUAGAGUAUCAGAUCCACGCCAAACAAAGCACACAUUAAUGGUAAUAUGUUUGCUUCCAGAUGGAAAGUGCUGAUUUCAAGUUAUUUUCACUCGCUGAUAUUUCACCUACAUUAACAGGCUGAAAUUUUAGGCACCUAUUUACACCUGACAUGAAUUAGUUGUUAGCUUGUGUUUAUUUCUAUGUUUUAGCUAUUCACUUUUAAUAUUUAUGUUAUUUUGAGUGGAAAAACAGUUUAAAAUGAUAUCCCGAUUAGUUAACUACUGUUUUUAUUAAUUACUAUUUAAGCUAUUAAAUUAAUUGUAACACUUUAAAUGUAUGUCCACAAAUUGAUCACUAUUUUAUUUAGUCCAUAUUUUAACUACCCACUAAAGUUCUACUCGACAGUGGCCCUUCCUACUGCUCGUAUCUUAACGCACACAUUGGUCCCAACAUACCGCCUCGCACUACUCACUCGUCCGUCGCAUCCAACACAAUCCAGGAUGUUUCGUUCCCUGAUGCACAGUCUCCGCACACGAAGUCCGCUGCUCGUUAUCCGCUUUCUUUCACCAAGGGGUCACACACCAUAUCUUCUUCACUGCACUCGCAUGCCAGUCUCUCCGUUUAUAUACCUGCUAUGUCCUGCUCUAGAAAGGUCUUGCAGCCCUCCGAAGUUCUGCGUCAUCAGAAUCCCCUACUUAACACUUGAAGUUGCAAGAACAAUGGCAUCCUAAUUAUGCCACUUCAUGCAGGCGGGGUCCCGGGAAUUGGCUGUACUUUUCAUAGCCGUAGAGAGUUCUCCAGCCUGAAUAGAAAGUGCUGGGGGAAAAUUGGUUAGCAAAGGCGCCGCUGCCUCAUCCGCGGGCUAAUGGGCAAUCUGGCAGGCGCGCCGGGCCUGCUGGCCUGCUUCGUUGAAUAGCUUCUAGUAUACUCAUAAUACUGCUCCCUACUUGAGUCUGUUCGCCCCAAACAGGCAGCACAUUUCUUUUGGUGUAUUCUCUCCAUCGGUCAAAAUGCACUACUUUCAUUCGUCCUCUCUUUCCUGUAUGGAUGCGGUAUACCAUAUCAUUUAGUAGUUUCAACUCUUCAUAUAGGCCAUCAAACUCCGCUUGAGGGUAAGGGCACUUGCUCUUCAUUCGUUGUGGGUUGUAUAGGAAAACUAAAUCGCCUUCCUGAAAACCAGUACACUUAGCUUUCAUGUUGUACCUUGAUUUCAUCCUUUAAUUUGCUAAUUAAAGUUUUUUAAGGGCCUCAUCAUGUAUGAGUGUUAUAUGCUCUUCGAGAUGAUAAACAGUCAGUGGUGCUGGUUGGCUCUUGACAUGGAUGGCCGAACUUGAUGUCACAGGUUAGCUUUAACUCCUGCCAAAACACCAUACUUGCAGAAUCCAGUCCAGUCGAGUCAUAAAUGGCUGCCCUAUAUGCCAUCAGGAUUAAUUGGAUGUGUUGAUCCCAAUGUUGUUGAUGGCAUGCCACAACCUGGGCAAGGUGCUCUUCUAGGUACCUGUUGAACCUUUCCACCCCAUCAGGUUGGGGAUGUAAAGCUGUAGUCCUGGUUUUUAUUAUUUCCAGUAACCAACACACCUCCUAGAAUAUUGUUGAUUCUAAUUUGUGGCCUUGUUACCAGUGUGAAGCUCCAACAAUACCCCAAAUCUGCAGAUGAGGUUGUUGACGGGUGCAUACACCUCCACCACAGUGGUGUCAUCCUGGUUAGGAUGAGCAAAAGCCUCUGGAUACUUACUGAAGUAAUAAAUUUCCACCAGAAUAUAAUGAUACCAUCUCUCGUCCUUGGAAAUGGCUUGGCAAUGUCAAUGGCUACUGUCUCAAAUGGGGCUCCAACAUUGUAGGGUAUCAUUUUCCCACAAUUACUGUACUGUGGCCCUUCUCUGGUUGAAUAUGUGUUACAUUGUUUACAGCAAGCCUCUAAAUCCUGAUCGAUCCUUAACCAGUAGUAGCACUGACGAAUCAUGGCCUGAUAUUAUUUACUCUAAUAUGGCUAACCAAAGCUCAUCGUGCAUUUUUUCAGCACAUUUGGCACUAGACUCUUCUAGAAGAGUAGCUGCAUGGUGACCACUUUCCCAUGUGGACUCACUUAUGACCUUUUCAAUAACCCAUCUACCAACCUCAAGUAAUCCCAUUGUGCUAAAUAAUCUUCACAGCCCUUUGGUUAAUGGAUAUCUCAUACCAUGGUGGACACUCUAUUUCUCUUUCUAACCAGCUUAUAAUGGGCCCUAGGUCAGAGUUUUCUCGCUUUGCCACUUUUAGUGAGCAUGGUCUCAUUUAUUCUCGUUGUUAACGAAAAUAGUACAUCGGAUGUCUUCGAUUCCUUUGUUCUUACCUGCCCUUUUGAAGUGAUUGCAGUUUACAUUGCAUGCUAACCGAGAGAGAGCGCCAGAAUUACUGUGAGUUCGGCCUUUCCUGUGUUCGAUAUGGCUAUCAUAUGCUGUAUCAGUUCAAUCCCCCUAAAGUGAUAUCUCUCUGGGUUCUGAAACAGCCACUCUAGUGAAAAUGGUUAGUGUAUACAAGGAUUUUUGUCCAUGUGGUACUUGUAAAAACGCGGCAGGCCUAACUGCAACCAGAAUUCUCUUCUUAUAAUGUAAUAGGUACAUUCGGGCUUAGCUAGACCUUUGAUGUAGUACCCGAUUACUUAUUAGCUUCCAUCCUGAACCUGGGAAAGUAAAGCAACAAGCCCAUCUUAGCUUGGAUCGGUGUUAAGGAUAUACUUUCCAUGCUGAUGUGAUAGGCAAGUAUUUGGCUAGAACACAGUACAUUCUUAAGGUUCUGAAAAGCACCCUCACACCCCAAAGUUCACAAAAACUGUCUCGUUUACCUAGUCAGCUGAUUAAUUGGUCUGGCAAUAGCUGAAAAUCCGGGUAUGAAGCACCUACAGUAGGUACAAAGUCCUAGGAUACUCCUUAUCUCAUAUUUAUUUUUAGGUUGAGACAUCUCCUUGAUAGACUAGGUCCUCUGUUGUACUCUGUUCUGCAAUACCACAUGACCCAGAAAUGUUACCUCAUGUCGGACCAAACAGCUCUUCUUAGGGCUUAACUUAAGCUGUGCAUGUUAAAAUCUUCUUGGGAUUUUGUAGAUGCUCCUUCAGACAUGACAAUAAUGUGUUCCAAUACGCCAUACAUGUUUUUCAUGAAAACCAAUGCAACACAAGUUCCACAAUUCUUUUAAAAGUUCCAGGAGCAUUACACAAUCAAAACGUGAGCACAGUGAAAUGAAACAAUCCACUUCCUUAAAGAAAGUUGUCUUUUCCUUGUCCUUUGGAUAAAGCUCUAAUUGCCAGUAACUAUUUUUCAAGUCCACUGUCGAGAACCACUUAGUAUCAGUAAGUUUGUCGAAAGUAUAAUCGAUACAUGGAAGGGGGUAGCUAUUCUUUUUUGUUGAUAUCAAUGAGAUUCCAGUAGUCCACACAAAACCUCAGUUUGUCAUACAUCUUUGAUACAGGAACGAAUGGGGAUGCCCAAGGACAUGCUAAUGGCUCUAUUAAUUCACCUUUUACCUUAUUUCAUCUUGUUAUGCUAUGGUAGCCUAAGUUGUUUUUUCCGAGGUCAGUAUCCCUCAAGGAGAAAACAGGCUGGUUGCUUCUUAGAACAGCAGUAACUCCUUAUACUUCUUCAGAGGCAAGGUUACCUGAGACUGCUUGAAUAACUGCUCUAGUUCAGGGCUCACUGUAGCAGAGUGUCUUAUGAGGUGGAGUAGCUUCACACUGGGUUACUCAACGAACUGGUUCACAGUUAGCUAUUAGUUUGCUCUGCUUCAAAACCUUCAUUUUUAAAUCAAGGCUGGCCACCCUUACUGGCUCAAUCUUCGUAUCAUUGGCUAUGUUACAGGUAGACAGGUUUCUCUCCAGAACUAGUGUCACGUCUGGCUCGAUGAUAUAUGCAAUGUUGCCCCUAGGGUCUCCUUGUAUUCGGGCUGCUAUUAUCUGCACAUGAUUGGCUGGAAUUGAAAACGUUUUAAUGACUACUACCUGCAUAAUGGCACUUGUAAUUUAUUAGGAGUGAAUAAUGCUAUACCUUACCCUCUGAUUCACGAUGCCUGGCCUAUCAUGUCAAAAACAAAUUCAUAUAGAUUCAUGAGGUCCAUUCCCACGAUUAUCUCAUCAUUAAUAUGGCAAGAAGAAAUUUUCACAAAAAUGUCCAAGUCCCUAUAUUUUCUUCCAAAUUUAGCUGUCCAUGCGUAAGUGACAUAUCUUCAUUUUCUGUUUUCAGUUUGUAUAGGAGUGGUGUCCUCAGCUUUUUCUUAUUAAAAAUGUCUGUACAAAAUAUAUGCUGAGGCUUCAGGGUUGACAGUAAGUAAGUACAUUCUGUUGUUGACCCAUCCAUUCAGUAACAGAAUGUCAUUUCCUCUACCGAAAGUAAUGCAGGGAACACCCUAGGGGCUAAUGUUUCCCGAAAAGCUGGCAUGCACUGCUUCACAACAGCCACUGAAAGUUUCCCUGUUGCUCUUUUUGCUAUGAGUUUUUUCUUGCAUGUCUGGAAGUUCCACUAAAUAUGCCCUAGUUCUUACCAGGCGAAGCACUAUGUAUGACUUCCUGUCCUCAGGAACUGGGAACUCUAAGUACUAUUCAGAAGCUUAUUUAGAGCCCUGGUGAUAUCUACUUAGUUGGUGGGGGCAUUAGCGUUUUCCUCGUAAUAUGGUUCUAAUAAUGUUCUUCUUGCCUUGAUGUUGGUGUUCCUGGAUGUAUCGCGAGCGUAUUCUAUCUUUAGGGCAUGAGCCAGGGCAUCGUAACUCUUCUUGUGGCUGACCAAACGAGGGGUUGCUGGACCUCUGAAUCCCUGAGUCCAUUUAUAAAUGCAAUAGUAGCUAUCUGCUGUCGAAACUCUGCAGGAGCAUCUGGGUAGUCAAAUUGCACAAGCCUCUCAAUGUCACCCUCAAAAUCCUAAAAGGUUUCUGACCCAUCUGUCAGUCACCAUACCUUUGUUCUAGGGCUUCAAUUAACACUGAAUAUAUCCUCUGGUCUGGACAUGGUAUGAUCUGCAUUUGCUCAAGUGGAAAUCCUUUCAGGGCCAAGACGAGUGAUGUAGCCUUAUCUUUCUCGCUCCUGCUAUUUACUUCCGCAAAUGCCUCCAACUGUCGCCUGUACAAUGCUCACAAAUAUUGGCUAUCGUAGGUAGGUGGCUGGAAUUAGGAUUGGCCGUUGAAAAUGACCUAUACCUACACAUCCCAGGAGAUAUUCUUCUGGCUUGCAGCAGCUCUGGCUUCUUUAAUCAUGCAAAUUCAGUCCUCGAUUACAGCUUCUACAUGCUGUUAGGUUGCCUGUUCGAGCUGAAUAACCUGUUGUGUGACUUGCUGUUCAUUUUCGGCUAGAUGUUGCUCUAAGCACCGCACCUUACGUUUGAGUUGAAUGCUGGUAUCUUUCAUCAUCUUCAUUUCGUCUUGAGCAGCUACUAGUUCACUAUGCAUAUCCUUUUUUUCUUUCUUUAUUUCGCCAAUUUCACCCUUCACUGCAAUUUUUCACUUCUGCUUAUUACUCUCCAUUUUAUUUUUUUUCUAUUCUAGCUAAACUUCAUUUAUUCCUGGCUACUCAUUAGUCCACUAAUUUCAUUCUUAAUUUCUUCAUGACCACUCAUAAUUUCAGCCAAGAAAGCAAUUUUGUGUCUAAGUUUAUGGGCAGUCAUCUUCCUUAUCUAAACGCACUAUCACUGUAACAGUCUCGUAAAUUUAACCUAAAUGCACUUACUACUCGAAACUAAAACUAAAUUUAUUACACUCAUAUCUAACUAUAGUUCCUAAAACUAAUAUUAUUCUAGAAAAUCCAAAUUCUUCUUUUUAAUGAUAUUUUUAUUUAAUUAACUUAAAAAAACUGAAAACUAAAUAUAUUACUUAGAGCUAUCUGUACUUCUAGCGAGUGGGGAAGCAGGUUUCAAAAAUUAUAGCCCAAUUAGUUCUCAACUGUUUUAAUCAAUAACUAAUAUUUACAACAUUAAUUAUUUAAAACAACACUUAAAAUGUCUGUCCACAAAAUAAUAAUUCUUGAUUCAGUCCACAGUUUACUCUCGCCUUACUGAAGCUAAACUCAAAAGUGGCUUUCCCUACUGCUCGUCUCUUACCACUCACCUCUGUCCCAACACAUUGCCUAGCACUACUCACCAUGGGCAUCGCAAGGAUAUAUUUUUUUUGUUGGUGGGGGGGGGGGGGUGUCUUCAAUAUAUUUAGUUGUUGAGGAAUAUCCAUCCCCUGGAAAAAAGCGGGGGUCCGGGGGUCCUCCCCCAGGAAAAUUUGGGGUUUGAAGGUGCAAAAAGGUGGUUUUUGGGCAUUUUUCUUUCCUAAAUAUUCUAAUUAUAAUUGGUUGCAAUAUAUUAUUUAUUUUUAAAAAAAAAUAUUUUCAGAGAACAAUUUUUUAAAAACACAGUUAACAUAUCUGUAUUCGGUAUCGGACAUGAUUUUGUUUUUACACGAAGAUCGAAUUAAAAAGUGCUCACAUUACCACGAUUGGACUAAAUGCAUCAUGCGCAAAAUAUGGGUUAUAUCACAGAAAUAAUAUUUUUAAUAUAACUACGAAACUAAAUAUAUUAUUGGAGGGGACGAAAUUGAAGAUUUUAUUAUUGGGGGGGGGGGGGGGGGACGUGUCCCCCCCCGCCCCCCCCCCCCCCCGGUUGCGACGCCCAUGCUACUCACAAGUGCACAACACAAAAAACAGUCCCGUAUGUUUCGGUCCCCGAUGCACAAUCUCGCCACACGAAGCGCCGUCACUCGCCGUCCACUUUCGCUCACCAAAGGUUCACCCUACCUCAUCACUUCGCUGCCAUUGCAGACCAUUCUCUCAGUUAAACCUACCAUGUCCUGCUCUGGCUAGGUCUCGCAGCCAUCCGAAGCGCCACGUCAUCAGAUACCCGACUUAACACUUGAAAGUGCGAGGACAAUUGCGUUAUAGUUAUAUAAUUUUAUGCAGGUGGGGCUUUGGGUAAGUGCUGAACACUCCAGAGCCACAGAGAGUUACAAGGGCUGGAUGAGAAAGUAUUUUUGGGGAGGGAUAGGGGUAGCGAAGGCAAGGAUGCUAAUCGGAUUAGGCGUGUAGUGAUAAUGGACUGCGCCCCACCCGCGGGCUAGUGGGCCAUGUAACCGCGGCGCCGGGCUAAGUGGCCUGCCUCGCUGCCUCACCUCUAGCAUACUCGUAACAAUAUUUUAAAAAAAAAUUAACUUUGCCAGUCACAUUUUAUUUGUUUCCAAAACCACUAUAGUUAGUUAAAAAAAAAAAAGAUUUCUAGAUGAACCUACAUAAUAAUGUGUGUACAUUUUAAAACAUAUGUUUUAUCAGUUGCGCAAUUACUUAUAGUUUUUGUUUAAAAUCAUUUACCAAGGUAGAUAUUGUACGGCAAAAAUAAUUGCUCAUUAUUAUCAAAAGUUGUAAAUAUUAAUAAGUUUUAUUUGUCUAACUUAAGAAAAAAAUAUUGUAAAUAACAUCAGUGUUAACUUAUCGAAUAGCUAUUGUAUAGUAUGUAUUCAUGCAUGUAUUAUCAUAUUCUGCUACCCAGUCCAUCCAUCUCCAUUUUGGAUUUCCAUGGCUUCCCUAAAUCAAUCCAAGCGAAUGCAAAAAUGGUUUUUUAAUGUUAAGCCAUGAUCAAUUUAUCUACAAAUGUGUACUAUUUCUGUUGUGUGUUGCCGGUUAACGAUCACCUUUUUGAGAUAUAGUCCAAACAAAAAAACUUUAUGGAAUAAAAUGUUUACUAAAUUAGUUGAGGAAAACUCAAUUUGGCACAUUAAUUUUGUUACAAUUUUAAAGUUUAUUCUUUGUACGAAUUAUAGAAUUAUAAUAACAUGAAUAAAUAUUGUGUGC